AUAUCCCCCAAAGUUCCCUUGGCAUUCCGCCUCAUGUCAAUGGGGCCCCCCCUAAAUGGAUUUUCUGGAUCUGCCACUGUAAAUAUGCAUAGUUUCUGUAAUAUUUACUAAAAUAUGAAUUCUUUUUGUUUCAGAUUAUUUGGCAGAACCGCCAGUUUCUACCUUGAAGAAAAAACUACAAGCUUUUAAAAUUCUGCCAUCUAGGAAACACACACAAUGAGACUGCACAGAAUCAUCACAGUUAAAAUGUGAGAUCUGUGAUGUUAAUUUCAUUGGAAAUCAAGGUUUAAACAAUGCAGGAUGGCAGGUCUCUGCAGCUUCAGUUGGUUCCGUGGUCCUUGUAAGCUGUACCCAGAGGAGCCAGGUCUUAUGUACUUAAGGAUGAUGCAGAAUUCAUUUAAAAUUGAUAUAUUAUGUCGCUCAGAAAAUCUGUAGGUUUAUUGUGAUAUAAGAGUGAUGGAUAUGGAACAGAGGAACUUUAUUUAUGCAUAAUUCUGAUGAAUAAGAACUGUUCUACAAGGUUGUUUUAAAACUGAUAUAUUACGUCGCUCCGAAAGUCUGUAGACGUAUUGUGAUAGAAGAUUGAUGGAUAUCGGAAAAAGAGUAACGCAGAAACUUUAUUUAUGCAUGAUGCUGAUGAAGAAGUGUUUCAUACGAUCGUUUUGAAAUAGAAACAAAUCUCUCGAUCAAGUUUGUGUAGAUGUAUUAUGAUAGAAGACUGAUGGAUAUGGAAAAAGGUGCAACACAGAAACUAUUGAUGCGUAAUUCCAUUGAAGCAGAUGUUUUUUACAAGUUUGUUUUAAAAUUUCUACAGAUUGCUGGAUCAAGUCUGUGUAGAUUUAUUGUAAAAGAAGAUUGCCGAGUUUGAGAGAUGGUGUUUAGAGAAAGUUUAUUUAUAUCUACUGAUGAUGAUGACGCAGAAAUGUUUUAUAAGAUAGUGUUAGAGAUGAUGAUGCAGAAAUGUUUUAUAAGAUAGUGUUAAAAUUUGAUACAACGAACUUGGAAGAAGUCGGUGUGGACUUAUAUUGUGAUAGAAGAUCGAUGGCUGUCAAGACAGGAGUACCAGGGAAAUUAUAUUUUAAAAGUUGAUCAAUAGAAGACACUUGGAACUGUGUGUAAACUUAUAAGUUUUGACAUUAGAAACAAAUUUCUCGAUCAAGUCUGUGUAGAUGUAUUAUGAUAGAAGACUGAUUCAUUUCGAGAAAAGUCUUGUGCAGACGUGUACGUUUAUUUUAUGAAAGAAGAUUGAUGUCUUUGGAAAAAGGCAUAACUAGGAAAUUUAUUUAACAACUUGAUUCAAAGUCACAUGUGAUAGAAGAAGAUCGACGGAUAUGGAAAAAGACUUGAUUCACAAACUCUGUUUCCGUGUGAUUAACACGGCAUUCAGAUAGCAGAAGAUAACAACGAAGGUCUGUGAAACCUGCAUACAGCCUUGUGUCAGAAGAUUUAAAAAAUAUAUAUAUAUUUUUUUUUUUCUCCGAAAUAGCCAACAGUCAUCAGUGACGAUGAAUUUCGAGGUUGAAGAGAUUCAGGUGAUCGAACUGUCGAUGAUGGACAAACGGAAAUACUUCCCGCUCUCGUUCGUUAGCGGUCUGUAUAUCCGCAGCCUGCUGUACCCGUUGUCCCUCAUCAAGACGCGACUGCAGAUCCAGAAGGGGACGAGUCUGUACAGCGGGACGUUCGACGCCUUCGUGAAGAUCGCGCAGUCGGAGGGGGUCGGGGGGCUGUACCGCGGCUUCUGGGUCAGCUGCCUGCAGCUCGUCCCGUCGCUGGCCUACAUAUCGACGUACGAGUCAAUGAGGGUUUACCUCAAGACGAACACGGCCUGUAGCAGCAAGCUGAGAGCGUUCUUCGCAGGUGGCACAGCGUCCAUCGUCGGCCAGACACUGACAGUCCCGCUGGACAUCGUCAACCAACACCUCAUGUUGCUAGGGCAACGGGCGAACCGGAACCGGUCGGCGAAAAGUCCCGAUCUGGCAUCGUUACAGAAACUAAACAUUUCCGACAAGGUGAAACACGAACGGUUCGGUGCUGUGUCGGCGGUCAUAAGGGAGGUCCACCGCAAGAACGGCCUGCGAGGAUUCUACAAGGGCUACUUCGUGUCCUUGACCGUCUUCGCGCCAAACAGCGCCCUCUGGUGGUACUUCUACGACACAUACUCAGGGUUCAUCGCCGCUACCGUCCCGUCGUGGGUUCCUCGUCUGAUGGUUCAGGUCGUCUCGGGUCCGCUCAGUGGAAUUUCUGCUGCCGUCAUCACCAACCCCCUUGAUCUCAUCCGUGCCAGAAUGCAGGUCGAUGGGACGAGCCUUCGCGACACCGUGCGGAUUCUGUGGCAGGAGGAAGGGAUGUGGAUUCUGACGAAGGGACUGUCGGCGAGACUCGUGCAAUCCGUCAUGUUUUCCUUCUUCAUCAUCCUCGGCUAUGAGUCCAUCAAAAGAUGGAGUCUCCUUGACGAGUACAAAGACCAAGUGCGGUGGUGAUGUCCACUCGCUGUCGAUAACUCUGUGUGAAGUCUAGUUGACGAGUGCAAAGCCCAAGUUCAGUGCUGACCGUCACUCACUGUCAGUAGCUUUGUGAACAGUCUGUUUGACGAAUUCUAAAGCCAAGUCCCGUUUUGACGGUCACUCGCUGUAAAUAACUCUGUAAACAGUAUGCUUGAUGAGUAGAGACUGAAAUCUGUGGUAAUGUUUGCUCGCUGUCAGUAAACUCUCUUUAAUAGUCUACUUUACGAGUUCUAAAGCCAAGUUCCGUUUUGACGGUCACUCGCUGUCAGUAACUCUGUAAACAGUAUGCUUGAUGAGUAGAGACUGAAUUCUGUGGUAAUGUUUGCUCGCUGUCAGUAAACUCUCUGUAACAAUCUUUUGACGAGUAGAAAGACCAUGUUUGGUGUUGACCGCCACUCGUAAACAGACCAAGUUUGGUGGUGACCGCCACUCGUAAACAGACCAAGUUUGGUGGUGACCGCUACUCGUAAACAGACCAAGUUUGGUGCACUUGCACUUGUAAAGAGUCGAGUUGAUGAGUCUAAAGACACCAAGUUUGCUGUCGACCGUCACUUGCAGUCAAUGUCUCUGUAAACAUUGUGAGCUUCACGAGUAGCUCUAAACAGCUUCACGAGUAGUUUCUAAACACAUACCAGAUUUAAUGGUAAUUCACAGUCCAUACCUCUGUGUAAACAAAGUCAGCUUUAAGAAUAGAAAGACCAAAACAGUAGUCGUUAAUAACUCCAAACUGUGUAGUCGUUAGUAAGUCCAAAACAGUAGUCGUUAAUAACUCCAAACUGUGUAGUCGUUAAUAAGUCCAAACUGUAGUCGUUAAUAACUCCAAACUGUGUAGUCGUUAAUAAGUCCAAACUGUGUAGUCGUUAAUAAGUCCAAACAGUAGUCAUUAAUAACUCCAAACUGUGUAGUCGUUAAUAAGUCCAAACUGUGUAGUCGUUAAUAACUCCAAACUGUGUAGUCGUUAAUAAGUCCAAACUGUAGUCGUUAAUAACUCCAAACUGUGUAGUCGUUAAUAACUCCAAACUGUGUAGUCGUUAAUAAGUCCAAACUGUGUAGUCGUUAAUAACUCCAAACUGUAGUCGUUAAUAACUCCAAACUGUGUAGUCGUUAAUAACUCCAAACUGUGUAGUCGUUAAUAAGUCCAAACUGUGUAGUCGUUACUGGAAACUGUGUAGUCGUUAUUCCAAACUGUACUUGUUAAGAACUCCAAACUAUGUACUCAUUACUCCAAACUAUACUCGUUAAGAACUCCAAACUGUGUAGUCUUUAAAGGGACAUAACUCCGGAUGCCUGCUGUGCGGACGAGGAAGCAGACCGUGUGUAAUUUUGAUUUUGUUUAAAUGAAUAAAACUGUUUGUAGAUCCAUAAAGGUCGCGACGAUACUUGUCUAAUUGUCAAAGACUUUAUAAAAAUGUAUACUCAGUCUUGUUAUUGUUGUGUGCGUGAGAAAACUGCUGCCCUUCUUUUAAAUCUCUCCAUACUUGGGGCCCCGUUUUAUGAAUAGAGUGUUAGUGGUUAUGUAACGACCCUCCAGCACAAAAAUAAGAGAUCGGUUAUUGGGCAUCAAGUGAUCAUACAGCUACAGUCAUCUUAAGAAUGAGUGGUUAUGUAACGACCCCCCCCCCGAUCUGUUAUUGGGCAUCAAGUGAUCAUGCUGCUACUGUCAUCUUAAGAAUGAGUGGUUAUGUAACGACCCCCCCCCCCCCCCCCCCCCCCCCCCCGAUCGGCUAUUGGGCGUCAAGCGAUCAUACCGCUACAGUCAUUUUAAGUGAAUUAGAUAGUUGUGCACUUAAGGUGAUCUUAGCGCUAAGAUCGCUUCGUAAAAUGGGGCCCUGGCCCAUGGGAACAUAUCUCUAGUCGGGGUGGGGUUGUGGGAGGGGGGGUGGGAUGCAAGCAUGAUUUUUUAAAAUUCUUAAUUUAUAUUCAGUAGAAUAAAAAAACCAAAAACAUGCACUCCCUCCCCCUCUGUUCCUAUGGGCCUGCCUUUUAUCCACCCGUGAUAAAGGUUGUUAGAGUACAAUUUACAAUUGUGGUGUGUAAUGGAGGGGGAUGUACUAAAUUAUAUUAAUGGUGGUUUGAGAAAUAAACACGUGAUUGAGAGGACGUGCGUGUGGAGAGUUCAGGACGGCUAGCACCCUCGAACAGUUGACUGGUACCAUCGUGUUCUGUCACAUCACAUUCAUUUAACGUUAGGUGCAAAAACCAGUCUAGUUUGAGAGUCGACGAGCGCUCGCCGUUCUGAAUGAGACUUGCGUACGCUAUGACGUCAUGGAAUGUAGUAAACAGAAAAAUCAAUCGUUUUAAUUAUGUAUAUUUUAGAUUUUGAAUAAAUUAUUAUUUUAAAAUUUUA